AUGCAUAAAGCCAAUCUUAUUGUUUUAAUCUUAUUGUUUGUACCAUUGGUACUCUUAAUCGUUUCAUAUUCUUCAUAUUGGUACAAGGUCCAAGAUGAAGAUAACAGUGACAAUUACACUGCUCUAAAGUCAGACAAGAUCAAGGUUUCCACAUCUUCCACCUCUUUUACUUCAAGUUGGAAGAGAGCAUUCGGUGAUGAUGAAGGUUACAAGAACACUUUGAAUAUCUACAAGGCUUCACUUGCAUUUGCCGUCAUUGCCUGGAUCGUCAACGUCGUUGCCGUCGUAUUUGUUGUAUUCAGUCUUUUGGGUAUUCUAGGAAAGAUCCCAUUACCAUUGGGAUUCAUCACCAAACUCCUCCCAAUCCCAGUCUUUGUUUUGUGCGUAAUUUCAUUGUUUAUUUUUGUCGGUGUACCAUCGGCCAUGAUGAAGGAUUGUAAGAACGUCACACUCGAUGAUAUUUGUGAGGCUAACGAAAGAAACAAAAAGUUGGUCGGAAGUGAAAAUGGUGUCAAGUGGGGACCAAUCGAAGGUUGGGCAUGUGUUGUCGUUUCCGCUGUCUUCUCCUUGGGUGCCUCCAUUGUUUCAAUGAUGAUGGCCAGCUAUUAA